CCCAACAAUAGCAGCUGCUGGACCCUGGGACAGAGCAAGGCUUCAGCCGCAUCGACCACCAGCCCCGCCGGUGGGAGCCAGGCCCAGCCACCAGCUCUGGCCCCUCUUCCUCGGAGCCAUGACCUUCUCCAAGAUCGUGGACAGCGUGAACAGCCAGGGCCCCUUCCAGUGCAUCAUCCUGGUCCUGCUAGGCCUCCCAAUCCUCGGCAUGGCAAACCACAACCUGCUACAGAUCUUCACGGCGAUUACCCCCGCCCACCACUGUCGUCCACCCCGCAACGCCUCCGCAGGGUCCUGGGUGCUCCCCAUGGGCCUGAAUGGGAAGCCCGAGCAGUGCCUCCGUUUUGUGUAUCUGCCCAACGCCAGCCUGCCCAACGAAACGCAGGGGGCCACCGAGCCAUGCCUGGAUGGCUGGGCCUACAACAUCAGCGCCGGGGACUCCAUUGUGACUGAGUGGGACCUGGUGUGCGGCUCUCACAAACUGAAGGAGAUGGCCCAGUCUAUGUUCAUGGCGGGCACGCUGAUCGGCGGGAUCUUGCUGGGAAGCCUGUCUGACAGGUUUGGCCGAAAGCCCAUCCUGUCCUGCAGCUACCUGCUGCUGGCGGCCAGCGGUGCCAGUGCAGCCAUCAGCCCCAACUUGCCCAUCUAUAUGGCCUUGCGCUUCCUGUGUGGCUUCAGCACCGCAGGUGUUAUCUUGAGCACCGUGAUCUUGGUUGUCGAGUGGACGCCCAGCCGGGUGCGGGCCAUCACGUCAGUCGGGGUGGGCUACUUCUACACCUUUGGCCAGUUCAUCCUGCCUGGCCUGGCCUACAUCAUCCUCCAGUGGCGCUGGCUGCAGUUAACCGUGUCUGUUCCCUACUUCGCCUUCUUCCUGUUGUCCUGGUGGAUACCAGAGUCCAUACGCUGGAUGGUCCUGUCUGGGAAGUCUUUGAAGGCCCUGAAGGUCCUCCGGUGGGUAGCUGCCAUCAAUGGCAAGGAGGAGGAGGCAGAAAAAAUCAGCCUGGAGGAGCUCAAAAUCAACCUGCAGAAGGAGGUCUCCUUGACCAAGUACAGCACACGCGACCUGUUCCGGAGGCCCAUCCUGCGCCACAUGACGUUCUCUCUUUCCCUGGCCUGGUUUUCCACCGGUUUUUCCUACUACAGCUUGGCUUUGAAUGUGGAAGACUUUGGAGUCAACCUCUACCUGCUCCAACUCAUCUUCGGCGGGAUCGACGUCCCCGCCAAGUUCCUGACCAUCCUCUCCAUGAACUACCUGGGCCGGCGUACCACCGAGGUCACCGUCCUAAUCCUGGCAGGGGGCGCCAUCCUGGCUCUCACCUUUGUGCCCUCUGACUUGCAGACCCUGAGGACAGUGCUGGCUGUGUUUGGGAAGGGAUGCCUGUCCAGCUCCUUCAGCUGCCUCUACCUCUACACGAGUGAGCUGUACCCCACCGUCAUCCGGCAAACAGGUAUGGGCGUAAGUAACCUGAUGACUCGAAUGGGAAGCAUGAUGGCCCCACUGGUGAGAAUCACGGCCGAAUGGCAUCCUGUCGUCCCCAAUGUCAUUUUUGGGACCAUCGCCCUUCUGGGAGGCAGCGUUUCCCUCUUCCUGCCCGAGACCCUCAAUCAACCCUUGCCAGAGACUCUCGAGGACAUAAAGAAAUGGUCCCCACGGGCAAAGGAUCCAAAGUGGGAGCCAGAAGCACAGAAUUUCCAGCGGAGCCCUCUGCAGCCUUGCUGACCGGGCCUGGGCCCCAGCUGAGGGCACAGAACCCCCUUUCCCUCCCUCCAGAGAUGAACCCCAACCAGGCCCCUGCCUGCCUCUGGGCUCCAUGGGCAUCCUCAGGGGCCCCUGGGCAGUCCAGGCUCUUAGAACAAAGGCUCCUGAGAGCUUGGCGAAGCUAUCACUGCACCAGCGCGUCUCCCAGCCCAGCCCCAACCUGGUCAAAGAUGCAACCACCGGCCUUCCCACACCCCCUCACCUUCACCACGCCCCCUGCAGCCCAGGCCCUGCCACUUUCCUCUUUGUUUCAGUUCCCUUCUCCUGAAGCCCCCUGGACCCCCUGGCCAAUCCUCCCUCCCCCUCUUGCC